CUACUCUUAAAUAAGCCAGGCAGCUCUAUUAACCAUAUUCAUUCAAAAUCCUUUCUGCCAUUUCAUCUACCUUUUUUUUAUCCUUCACAUUAUUGAGUUUUCCUUUGAGUACCUUACCAAUUCUUCUGACCCUUUUGCACUGCAAAAGCUUUUCAUACCAUUAUUUCUCUUACUUCAUUUCUCAUAGUGUUAUAAUACUAUCUUUGUCUUUACCACUUUUUUCUUUCUCUCAUUUUUAUUCCUCUCUUGCUCUCUUCAAAUAGAUUCUGUUAUACCAUUUUCUGAGUCCUUUGUAGUUGAAAUAGAAGCCAUGGUUAUCUCAGCAACCACUUCAAAUAGAAGCUUCCACCAUCAACUACAAACUUUCACAUCCAAAAAUAACAACAAUACCCUCCAUCAUGAAGGUUCUUUCUCUUCAUACUUGAAAAAAAAUGAAGAGACUUUUGCUAAGGCAAGUCAACCCUUUAACAGCAACAGAAAGGAACCUCUUCAUCUUGGUGUAAAGAAAGAAGAAGAUGGAGAAAUUGGAGUUUUUGAUGCUGAAAAAUACUUCAAUGGAACAGAAAUAGAUACUCCAAGAGUUGCUAAUAAAUACAACUACAUGAAAGACCAACAAAAUAGAAACUACAAAGUUCAAUAUGGAACUCCAAGUGUUGGCUCAGAAUCAAGUUUGAAUAGCCAAAGUGCACUUAUAGAAACUUCAUUGAAAAAUUCUUCAAACAACAUUAAAAAAAACCAAGUUCAUCCUAGAAAGAGUCUUUUGGCUUCUCUUGGUUGCAAAUGUUCUUGUUAUGAUAAAAAUUCUGUUGAUGUCAAUGACCAUGCAGGUGAAAUCAGUUUCAACAAAGCUAAUACUACUUUUGGUGCAAAAACAACCUCAGAGAAACUCUACAAACAUGAUUAUCAAGAUUAUAAUCAUUCAUCCAAGAAUGAAAUAACUAAUCACCAUGCAAAAGAACUUUUGAUGAAUAAAGAUAUCUACUUACAAAAACAGGAAAAAUUACAACAAGUAGAGAAUCCAAGAAAAACAUUGGAAGUGUUUGGUUCACCAAUAUUAGAUGAAAGAAUCGUCAAAUCAAUGAGCUUUGAUAAGAGGUUAUUAACAAUAUCCUCUAGGGAAACACCUCAAAAACAUGAAGAAGAAGAAGAAGAAGAAAAGGACUUUUAUGAAGAUGCUGAGAGUGAUGCAAGUUCUGAUUUAUUUGAGAUUGAAAGUUUCACAGGAAAAAACUCUUUUUUCACAAGAACAGCUUCAAAUGCUGCUUCUGGUUGUGCUAGUCCAACAACAUGUUAUGCACCAAGUGAAGUAAGCAUUGAAUGGAGUGUGGUAACAGCUAGUGCAGUUGAGUAUUCAGCUGUUUCAGAUCAUGAAGAUCAAGACUCAGCAGUAACUAUAAGGAGUCCUAUAAGAACAGCCUUAAAUUCAACAAAUGGUAAACAUAGAAUCAAUAAAGAGAUGCAAAGGCGGCGACCGAGUAAACUGUUGGGAUGUAACAGUCAGAAAUCUGUUGGAGUUGCUGCUGAUGCUUUAACUAUGAAUGAGAAAUCAAAUGUUAAGGUGACAAAGUUUAAGGAUGAGAGUAAGGUGGAAAGUUUUGUUGGUUAUGCAAAACCACCUCCUAGGAGAUCACAAUCACCACAUGCUGCACAAGUUUUGUAUGUUUAGAUGUUGGUUUUUGUAUAAGUGUAUCUUAAUUAAUUUUCUAUGUACUUGGAAUUUGUUUAAUUAUGUGCACCUUUGAGUCUUUACUUAGUGUAAUUCACUUGUUAUUUUAUUGGAUACUGUGGUUUCAGAAUAAUUGGUAUAAGAAAUAGAUAAGAGAAAAGGCUCUUUGUUUUCAUAUUUAAUUGAAAAA